UAUAUUUUACAAAAAUAUAUAAAAAUUAUAAGGAUAUUCUGUUUUUUUGGUGUGGAGAUCUCGAGAAUUCCCCAUGGAGGAGCUCCGGGAGCUAUGUAGAUCCGGCAAGGACGUGAAGCUAGGCGAUGCCGAGGUAUGGGAGGAAGAUCCAUCAGAGCUCGCCAUAGCCAAGCAAAUCCUAGAAGAACACUUCUACGUUCAAGACCCCAGCGAUCCAUCCCUCUUCGUCCUGCCCAAGAUCAAGACCAAGAGAUUAGUCAUCGAUUCUUCCUCCGCUGGAUCCUCCCCCUCCUCUCUCCUCUUCCCUACUUCCAUUCCCCAGAUCGACUACACGGCUCCGCCACUAUCCUCCUCGGACGAUCGUAAUGCCGGGCAUCCACUCUACCGCAUCGCCGGCGAUGGCGACGGAUCAUCGUGGCGGCCGUGCCAUUGCAUCCAGCUCGACAGCAGGAACCCCAGCUCCCCCCAGGUACGCAUCGCGAUCCCGGCCGCGAUCCAGCACAAAGUCCGCGAGCAGCGCGUGGCAAUCUCACUGGCGAUCGAGCCCAGCGUCCGCAUCACGCCCGCCAACGUGGAUGUGGAGCUCCGGAUCAAGACCCUCUCGGUGGGCGUGCUCUUGAUGGACGUGCUCAAGAACGAGGCCGCGCUGGGGUUUUACCCCUGCCGGAUAAGAUUCUUGGUCGAGCCACUGCUGGGCGAUCCCAGCGCCGUUGCGAUCCCGCUCUACACGCCCAGGAGCGAUCGCGGCGGUGGAUCUAGCAGCGGGAGCACGAGGACGAGGAGCAGUGCUAACAAGGUUGGCGCUCAGGUUGGAUUUGGGCCCGUGACGAUCAGUGGCGAGAGGAGCUGGGGGGUGGAAUUCGAGGAAUCCACGGAGAGGGAGAUGAUCAGUGCUGGGGAUUGGGGGGGCGUGGAGGAUGAAUUGGGGUCUGGGAACACCGCGGUGUUUGAGUGGAGGCUCUUGCGAUGGAGCCACAAUGGGGUGAGGUACAAUGCGAACAAGCCACACUCUGGAUUGAGCUUAUCUACCAAGUCUCUCAAGGCCCCAUUUCCAGGAGGAAGCACAGGAAUCAAAGUGGAAAGCUUUCCCGACGUCAUGUGGCAUCUCCACCCGAGCAUGAGAUCAAGGUUUCCGCUCCAAUUCAAGCUCCAGUUGGAGGUGGAGAUGCAUCUGCUGUGGUUUGUGGGAAGAAAUCGGCUGUUCCGAGUGGCCGAGUGGAGCAGCGAGGCAUUUGAGUUUCGGCAUGACUUUGUAGUUACUGAUGGUGUAUUCUCCACUGUCACCUGAAAAUGGAAUAUUUGUGUUAAAUAAGGGGGAUGCUUCUUACGGAAAAUAGAACAAUACAACCUUAUUGAUUCAAUUAAA